AUGGUUAACGAAAACAUCGAGGAAACGAUACUUGCGCUCCACGGUCAACAAAAGUGGCAGGAUAUCGCUAAUUUAAGUUGUACUUUGAACGAAUUUGAAAAAUGUAGACUAUUUUGGGUACUGCCAACCAUUAACGAUUUACAUUGGAUAAAAGAAAUAAUCGACAAAUACAACGUGUUUGGAUUAGCAAGUAUAGGAUGCGGGUGUGGAUUGUUCGAGUGGUUGUUUCAAAAAUAUUCCGGUCUGGACGUUAUUGGUAUAGAAUUAGAUCGGUCGUGGUGGUGUAGCAAAUAUUCUCCACCUUUGUUCUUGGAAAACGUGGCCUUUGUUCGUGAAAAUGAUACGAAAAAUUUUCAAGUAUCGGAGAAAUACGCCCUUCUCUUUUGUUAUUUCAACAAUGCAUUAGCAUUUUGCGAUUAUAUCGAAAGUUAUAAAGGAAAGCUUGUUUUUGUCAUUGGACCCAAAGAAGGUCAACAUCGUUCGACAGAUCCAAUGCCUUUCGAUAAUAAAUUUUACGUGCACGGCUGGAAGUUAUUAAGCAAGAAAAAACUCGAUCGAUCCAGCGAUUAUAUUACUGUAUAUGGUAGAUGAUUGAUGUUUACCUUCGACGAAUACUUAAACUACAAUCACCAUGAAAACAUUCGAAAUAUGUUACUCUUACGUGUUAAUUUCCACAAUUGAAAUUAGCUUCGAUAAUCGACGUUUGGCUAUUUGAUUAUCGAAUUGUCAUUGGAUAUUGUGCUAUAGUAUGUUUCGUCACAGAUGACUCUAGAGCGAAUCAUGCUGAGCAAAAGGCUGUAAAGUUUAAAAGUCCAAUUUUGUUCUAAAUAGACGGAGACACACGAUGCUGCAAAUACUUUCUAAGUCAGAAUUUCUCGACACGACAUUUAAAUACCGAAAGAUGCGAUAUUUAUUAAAUAGCUUCCAUUAAAUUAUCAGAAUAAAUUUUGAUGUCUAACCUAUGUCCGACGCGUCGCGUGUAUUGCUACAAAACAACAGAACCGUGACAAUAAUUACA